CUUCCUCGUCAACUAAGUUUAUUCACUCUCCACUUCAUUAUAUCAACUUCAUUCUAAACAAUUAGAAAGAACAAAUUAUACAUGUCUCCACAAACAUAAAGAAUAUUAGUUGUUUAACGAAGAUAUAUUAUUUAGAAUAUUAAAUAUACCGGGAAAGUAAUUAUAUGUGUGUGGGCGGGUACCCAUGAGGCGGGUUUACCUAAACCCAAACCCGACCCGAUGAAUAGUGUAGCGGGUUUAAACCCGAACUCGGUCCAAAACCCCGUCAACACGAGUUUUACCCGCAUUGACCGGAUUGAGUCGGGCGGGUACCCGUGGAUUCGGGUUUUGUUGCCAUCCCUACGUACAAGACGUUAACUAACUUUAGACAUGACAUUUUCCGUCCCAUGCAAUUGGCAUGCCUCUUUAAAUUUUUUUCAUACCCUCCUACUUCCUCGUAUCCUCGUUUUCCUGGUUUCACGGCGGCAUGGAAUUUAACCAUUUUGCCUCGUUUUUUUUUUACCUUUACAAAAGCUACCGAAUUGCCUCCUUUUCUUUUUUCAACACAAAACACAUUUCAAACCACCUUAUUCUAGUUAAUCAAUUUCAACUCCACUUCCAUCUUUUGUUCUUCCUGUUUCUUUGUUCGUUAGCCUUUUUAUUUUCCCGUUCGGUUGUUUGAUAAUCUUUUUUAUAAACCGUAUUGCGUGUUUACAUCAGUCUAGUAAUCUUGUUAUAUUGUUGAAACCUGGAAUUGUUAGAGAAUACGAGGGAGGGUGCCAAACGAAUGCGAGUCAUCACAGUUGGGUGUUAGCUGGCACACGCGGAUUAAUCCGUUGAUUUACUCUAUACACCAUCUCUAUUUCGAUAUAAAGAGUGUAAAAAAAAAAAAAAUCAGAAGAGAUCAAAGGAAUCAAUAUUCAGCGCAAUAAGAAGAUCGAGUUUCGAGAAGAAAUCAUCAUUCUUUCCCCGCACGCACAUUCCAUACACAGAAUGUUGCAAGACGUGAUUCACCAGACGUCGUCGGAGCAGCUUCCACUCGUCGACGAUGUGUCGAGCCCGAUCAACGCUCAGCUCCUGGAAUUCUGCGAAUCGGACUUCUUCCAGGAGACAAUGCAGAACUCGGAUGGUACAUCGAGCUCCAAUAACGGCUGCUACGACGAGAAUUCUCCAUACACCACAAACCUGUCGUUGCCUCCUGAUUUGGAGAAGUACAACAACAACAACAUCAACACCGGGCAAGACACCAAUAUUGGCAACACAACCACUAGCACUAACAACAACAACAACAACAAUAACAACAAUGGUUCAACGAGUAGCAACACAAGCACCACCAGCGCCGGCACAGCGCCAAACACCACCAACAACAGCAGCAACCUCUCCUCCAUACUGUUCGACCCGCAAGACGAGCUCGACAACGACAUCUCUGCCUCCAUAGACUUCUCCUCUUCCCCUGCAGCCUUCUCUGUCCCUCCAUUCUCCCACCACAACAACUUUGACUUCACAUCCAUUCACCCACAGCACCACGCCCUCAGUCACCAUAACGAUAACCCCCAACUCCUGAUCCCCUCGCUCUUCGAAGAAGAUUGCUUGUCCUCUGUCCCAUCCUACGCCCAAUUCAAUCCGGCUUCCCCUUCUUCCUCGUUCUUGGCGACUAACUUCACCACCUUCAUGCCUUCAGCCGCCGACAACACCGGGAACAUUUUCGCCGGCGGGAUUUACAUGGGCGGCGAUCAGUUGUUGCAGACUCAGGAGCUAGAUUACCAAGGGGACAAUGGUGGUGGAAUCUACUUCCCAUCCGACUCUCUUCAGCGCGUUUUCAACCCUUCCGACCUUCAGGUACACACAAAAACAGAGCAAUCCCACUUCUCUACGCCAUUGGCGACGGAGUUGGCGAGUUUGGAGGAUUCGAGCUUCAAAGUAGGGAAGCUAUCGGUGGAGCAGAGGAAGGAGAAGAUUCACAGGUACAUGAAGAAGAGGAACGAGAGGAACUUCAGCAAGAAAAUCAAGUAUGCUUGCCGGAAGACGCUGGCAGACAGCAGGCCGCGAGUAAGGGGAAGGUUCGCGAAGAACGACGAUUUCGGAGAAACCAACAGAGCUGCCUGCAGCAACCAUGAAGAAGAAGAGGAUGAUGAACAGGUAGUAGCAGUUAAGGAAGAGGAAGAGAUGGUGGACUCCAUGUUUGCACACAUCAAUGAAAUGAACUCCUUCAACAAAUGCAACUACUCGAUCCAAUCAUUGAUAUAACAACACAGUUCAUCAGUUUACAUAAAACCCUAAUACAAAUUUUUGAGGACCCUUUUUCCAUCAUCAGCCAGGGGAAGACAGUACAGGAUUUUCAGUAGCUGGGGGGGAGGAGAUAUUGUAAUUUGAGUUUUAAGGAGAUGUGAUUAAGCUCUCCCCUCCUCUGGCUUUGAACUGAAAGUAUAGGGUCAGUAAUUAAUUAUACUUUUAACUUAAAUUAAUAUACAAAGAGAUUAAGUCAGGGUGUAGCAAAGUUGGAAUAAAGACUGUAAUUUUUG